AUGGACAUCGUGGUGGGCGCGCUGUCGAGGAAGCUCAGCGAGCUACUGGAGCAGGAGUACGCGCUGCUCUCCGGCCAUGCGCGCCGCCAUCCACCACUGUGUCUUCCUCUCGGCCCCACCGGCACCGGCGACGGCGACGGGGAGGCAAGCGGCAAGGGCGGCGACGGCAAGCUGGCCACGGCGGUGUCGUCCUCCUCGUCGACCAUCUCCACGUCGUCCUCCGCCGCGGCGGAGGUGUCCUCGUCGGCGUCCCUCCCUUCGCUCCCGUCGCUCUCGGCCGCGGCGACUGCCAGCCUCGCCGCGUCCUUCGCCCACGUCGCCACUCUCCGUCCCCUAUCCGCCGCAACCGCCUCCACGCCGUCCGCCGCGGCGGCAGGGGACACCCUCCGCGGCCGAGCCAGGCUCCGCCUCGCCGCCGCGCUCCCCACGGUCGCCGAUCGCCUCCACCGGUUCCCCGUCCCGUCCAACCACGUGACCGUCCGCCGGCACCACCGCCGGCUUGGAUAG